AUGCGCGCUAUUCGGGUCCACCCAGCUUCCGUAUCUUCUUUGCCUUAUUCUCCUGCCAAUCCAGCCCCUUCCUCCUCGCUUCACCUUGACCAAAUUCCUCAACCUAAACCAAAAUGUCAAGGGGAACUACUAGUCAGAGUCAAGGCAACCACCGUUAUUCGUGAUGAGUUGACAUGGCCAGAAACAUAUGCGACUGAGUACGCCAUUCCAGGCCACGACUUAUCCGGGAUUGUGGAGGAAACCUAUAAAAAUCCUGGCGACGUUCAGUCCAUAUUCAAGUCUGGAGAUGAGAUCUUCGGAAUGACACAUGCAGAUCGAGGAUCGGCCUGGGCUGAUUAUACUGUUGUCAAGGAAGAGGAAAUUGCACAAAAGCCUAAGAACUUGAACUGGGAGCAGGCUGCUUCUUUGCCUCUCAGCGCCUUGACAGCAUACCAGGCUUUAUUCAAGCAUGGUGGGAUCCCCCUCCCAGUCCAACCUAAUGGCGACGAAAGGCAUCUUGCAAAUGGUCAGAAAAUACUUGUCACCGGAGCUUCUGGUGGGGUUGGAAUAUACCUUGUCCAGCUAGCUGCCGCGGCUGGAUUGUACGUCGUUGCCGCCACAAGCUCAAAUGCGCGGAACGAGUCUUUUCUCAAGUCUCUUGGCGCCCAUGACACCGUCGAAUAUACACAUCUGCAAUCUGAAGCUUUUGAUGUCAUAAUUGACACCGUUGGAGGCGAGAUCCUCGCUAACUGCUGGAAAAUGGUUUCCAAAAGUGGUGUGCUCAUAUCAGUUGACUCAUCUAGCUUCGAUUUUGUCAACAUUCAUAGACAACGUGGAUUUUGUGAUGGGAAAGAAAACGUCAAGGCGUUGUUUUUCAUCGUCAGCAGCGACAGUCGAGCUCUCGGAGACUUAGCGAACUUAGCAGAGGCGGGCUAUUUGAAAUCAUUUGUGGUGGAGACGUACGAACUGACGCAGGCGCGGGAGGCCUAUGAGAAAGCCAGCAUAAAAGCAUCUGGCCACGGAAAGAUUGUUAUGAGAGUGUAG